AUGAUGACAGAGUGCGAGGACGAACUUUCUUCAACAAAAGAGAACGUGAGACAACGCGAGGAAGCUGCUUUCAAGCCUCGAGAUGAACCACACACGGCCGCCACCAGUGAGGAUCACCCCGACUGGAGCUCCUGCGUCAAACAGCAGCAGCCGAAGCCCCGCCAAAUUAAGGAGGAAGAAGAAGAGGCUGAUAUCAGCAAGCUUCCAAUCAUUCAAAUUAUUGUAAAAAGUGAAGACGAUGAAGAUAAAGUGACACCUCGUAGCAGCAUCUUAAGUGAAGCUGGGAUGCGAAAACCUUUGAGAGGAGGACACAUGAGGAACGUCCAAACGCUACAAGGUGAAAUGGUAUUACUGGACGUGUUGAUAAUUGGAGGUGGCCCUCACGCCAUGACCCUGGCCAGCAUGCUGUUGUACCCAGACCCAAACUCAGUUCCACACAUCUCCCCGUCCUCCAGUGGAAUGUCAAAACUUGAGUUUGAACCUGAAACCCAAAGAGGGCAACCGGACAAUGCAAAGAGGAAGGUAACAAAUGACGAUGUCACUGGGCCGCCAAUCAUCAGUCUGCAAGUGGUGGAUGCUUACGGAGAGUGGGCUUGUUUGUGGAGGAGUCAAUUCACAGCUCUCAACAUCCCUCACCUGCGCUCGCACAUGCUGGUGCACACAGACCCAGUCAACAAGAAUGCACUGCAAGAGUUUGUAUCCAAGAACAAUCGCUGCUCCGAACUUCACAGUCUCCCGGAUCAGGUGUUCAUCCUGGAUGAAAACGCGUUCUUCAAUGACACACGUCUUGGAAGGAAAGAGCGGAAGCGUCUUAACGUCACUUCCGACCUCAGGAAGAGUUUGCCCUUCAGUCUGCCGGGAACUAAACUCAGUGUGGAUUUCUUUCGAGAUCAGGUGAAAAGAUACAACUUGGACAAGGUGCUUGUGAAAGGAACCGUUACUCGCAUCACCCCGGUGACUGAAGAUGAACAAAGAUCCAAGUCGAGAAAUAAAAGAGUAAAAUAUUUCCGAGUCCAACUCGAAGAUGGCAUCGUGCUCAAAGCUCAACAGGUUGUCAUGGCAACCGGGCCCACCCGUGCCCAGAUGGCAAAUAUCCCGCAGUGGGUAACUCAAAUAGAAGAGAAUUAUCCAGAAGAGCGUCUGCAACACACUGUGGACCUAAUGCACUCAUUAUCCAGAAAUCGGGAGAAUGCUGAUGGUUCAUGUGUAGUAUGUGAGGCAGGCCAGAGAGUGAUGGUAGUCGGCGGAGGUCUAACCAGUGCUCAUGUCGUCUCCAUCGCACUCCAGCAAGGCGCCAGUCAUGUGACGUGGGUCAUGAGAAAGCACCUCCAGUUGAAACAAUUUGAUGUGGGCGAUGUGGAGAGCUUGGUGGGUCGUUAUUCCCACGUAGAACACGGCAUCAAGAUGGACGGCCAAGCUUUCCUCAGGCAGUUCUUUAACGAAAGGAGUCUUCACAGGAGGCUGGCAAUGAUUCGCCAGGCUAGGAAAGGGGGUGCUGUCACCCCGGAGGCUUACAUCCAACUAAAGCCAUUUAUUUUGAAAGGACAGGUGGAUGUGAAGACAUACUGCCAGGUGAGUGAAGCCAGCUGGUGCUACCGGAAUCAGGCCUGGAGGCUGUCCCUCAGCAAUGGAGACCAUUGGACAGGAGAUACCAUCUGGUUGGCCACAGGGUGUAAACUUGAUGUGAAACAGGAUCCUUUGCUUUCUGAAGUGAGGAUGGAAUUUCCCAUACAGGUACUGGACGGUUGGCCGUGCAUAUCAGAGAGCUUACAGUGGGCAGAGGGGUGCCCUCUUUACUUGAUGGGACAGUACACCGCUCUUCAGAUUGGACCUCAUGCAGUUAACCUAGCAGGCGGACAAGCAGCCAGUAUGAGAAUUUACAAGCACAUCCUGUGCAAACACAAUAAGACGGACACGACGGAGCUGAGUGCAGGGAAAUCGAAAACGGAAGAAUAUAUUCAGCAAAUGCAUGGACUUUUAUGGCUCUAA